AUGGAAAUCAAGAUUUACACUGGUUCUUGGUGUGCAAUACUACUCAGGAAUCUUGCUGAGGAGAUUGAAGGCCUUUUUUUAGCAAAUCAUCUUCAUCCUGACCACCAAGCCCUGAGAAUACUGAACUCCAAGCACUCCUUGCAGAUGACUACAGUCCGCUCAGUGGAUGGACAGCUAAUCUCAGAUCAUGUUGAGGUUCAUAAGUGUUGGGCUGAGUAUUUGGAGCAGCUUUACCCAGGUAUACUGAGCAGUGUGAUGCCACUGCACAGCCAGCCACGAGAAGCUAGAGAUGGGCCGAGGGCCUACCUAGAGGCUCACCAUGAAAGACCCUCGUGGCAGGAAGUAAAGAGUGGAUACGGCCAUGUGUCCCUGUCCGCUGCUGUCACCACACCAUCGCCUGCUGAAACUACAACUCAGAAAAUAGAACCACUCACCACACAACCAGCCACUACACAGCCAGCUACUACGCAGCCAGCCACAACACAGGCAGCCACAACACAGGCAGUCACAACACAGGCAGCCACAACACAGGCAGCCACAACACAGGCAGCCACAACACAGGCAGCCACAACACAGGCAGCCACAACACAGGCAGCCACAACACAGGCAGUCACAACACAGGCAGCCACAACGCAGCCAGCCACAACACAGGCAGCCACAACACAGGCAGUCACAACACAGGCAGCCACAACGCAGCCAGCCACAACACAGGCAGCCACAACACAGGCGGCCACAACGCAGCCAGCCACAACACAGGCAGCCACAACACAGGCAGCCACAACACAGGCAGCCACAACGCAGCCAGCCACAACACAGGCAGCCACAACACAGGCAGCCACAACACAGGCAGCCACAACGCAGGCCAGCCACAACACAGGCAGCCACAACACAGGCAGCCACAACGCAGCUAGCCACAACACAGGCAGCCACAACACAGGCAGCCACAACGCAGCUAGCCACAACACAGGCAGCCACAACACAGGCAGCCACAACACAGGCAGUCACAACACAGGCAGCCACAACGCAGCCAGCCACAACACAGGCAGCCACAAUACAGGCAGCCACAACGCAGGCAGCCACAACGCAGCCAGCCACAACACAGGCAGCCACAACACAGGCAGUCACAACACAGGCAGCCACAACGCAGCCAGCCACAACACAGGCAGCCACAACACAGGCGGCCACAACGCAGCCAGCCACAACACAGGCAGCCACAACACAGGCAGCCACAACACAACAAUUCACAACCAAAACCUCUGUAAGCACCACCACCCCAGCCACUACAACAAGGACAACGAGCACAACCAACCAGCCUGA